UCUUCCUGCUUCGCAGACGCUUCCUGGUGUCAGCCCGGGCUGUGGUGUGUGUUUCGUAACCAGCGGUGGUGUCUCUCCUCUCUUCUCCUCAACCUCCUCUUCUUCUCAGCUGGUCGCAAUGGCAGCAGUCAGGACUCUCAGGAAACUGUGCCAACACACCCAGCACCAAGUCUGUAGGCUGCACACGUCCGCCUCGAGGCAAGAGGCGGUGGUCAUCUCAGGAAGGAAACUAGCCCGGCAGAUUCGGGAGGAGUCCCGGGCCGAUGUGGAGAAAUGGGUUUCAGCCGGCCACAGGAGACCGCAUCUGAGCGUGAUCCUCGUAGGAGACAACCCGGCCAGUCACUCCUACGUCCUGAACAAGACACGAGCUGCAGCCGAUGUCGGAAUCUCGAGUGAGACGAUCCUCAAGCAUUCGACCAUCAGCGAGGAGGAGUUACUGGACUUGAUCUACAAACUCAACACAGAUGAUCGUGUGGACGGCCUGCUGGUCCAGCUGCCUCUGCCAGAGCACAUUGACGAGCGCGCCGUCUGCAACGCCGUUUCCCCCACCAAGGAUGUGGAUGGCUUCCACGUAGUCAAUGUGGGCCGCAUGUGCCUGGAUCAGUCCACCAUGCUUCCUGCCACUCCCUGGGGAGUCUGGGAAAUUAUUAAACGCACAGGUAUUCCUACUCUUGGGAAGAAUGUUGUGGUUGCAGGACGCUCCAAGAAUGUGGGCAUGCCUAUUGCAAUGCUUCUGCACACAGACGGACGUCACGAGAGGCCCGGAGGUGAUGCCACGGUCACCAUUUCUCAUCGUUACACUCCAAAGGAUCAGCUUCGUCAACACACUCAGAUUGCUGAUAUCAUUGUGGCCGCUGCAGGAAUUCCAAACCUGAUCACAGCGGACAUGAUCAAAGAGGGAGCCGCGGUGAUUGACGUCGGAAUAAACAGAGUGCAGGACCCUGUCACCGGAAAGAACAGACUGGUUGGAGAUGUGGAUUUCGAAGGUGUGAGACAGAAGGCAGGAUUCAUCACCCCGGUUCCUGGAGGUGUUGGACCCAUGACUGUGGCGAUGCUCAUGAAGAACACUAUCAAAGCGGCCAAGAACGUCCUGCUGUUUCCGCCAGAGAGGAUCCGCAUGGCUGCCGCGUCCUAAUACGCCCGAGCAUAUCCCAGUUACAGUGACACAUUCCAUUCCUCAACACUACCACCCUCCCCCAAUUUUAUCCUUGGAGCAACUUGACAAACUCCCCUCCUGUCCGCACACGGGAGUGGAAAGACGACAGCUGUAAGGCUAUCAAUUCGCUGUCAUCUUUAACCUUUCCUAACUUGAAGCGUUGCCAUGUUUCAGACUGUUACACUCAUUCAUGCAGCUGCUUGUCUUAUGUAACGGGGAUCUCAGUAUUUGUCAAUAGCAAUGUUUCUUCUGGGGGAUUUGGAAGUUUUAAGGAAGCUUGAGAGAUUGUUUUAUUUAUUGCUAUUCUGACACAAUAUUUAAACACAGCGGGUGAAGACAAGUGACAGUAUUUAACUUACAGCUGAGAGGUUGAAGCAGGGUGGCUGAGGCCCGCCUCUUGUGUUUCUUGCAGUAGGUUUAGCCUCGACUAUUAAGGGCUAACAUCGUCGGGAACCGGUAUGCUUUUCAAUAUAUAAGCUUUAAAGAUUCACAAUUGCCUUUGUAAAAACUUUGAAAUAAAUACUACAACUAUGUUCUCACAUCAA